AUGGACCUAUAUCGCCAUCACUCGACUGUGUCCACCGCUGCGGAGUGGCUGACUGGCCAUAUCCGCCGAUCCCUCAUCCCCGAUUCCAUCCGUACUCGAUACCGCAAAAUACAUCAUCCUCUCGACCCUCUGUCACCCGCGGAGAUUGCCGUGGUGGCUACGCUCGUCAAGAGCAGCCAGCCUGAGGGCGCAGUCCACUUCAAGAACAUCACGCUCGUUGAACCGCCCAAGAGCGAGACGAGGAGGUUUCUUGCAGCAGAGAGAAAGGGAGCCACCGGAACUGUCAAGCCCACGAGACGAGCUUCUGCACUCUUCUAUCACCGUAGGACAGUCGACCUGUUCCUUGCCACGGUGAACCUGGACGCCUCGAAACUGGAGCAAGUAGAAAUGCUCGACGAGAAGUACCAUGGACACGCCGACAUAGACGAAGUCAUCGAAGUCAGGGACACUUGCUUGAGACACCCGGCGGUCAAGGCACGGAUAGACAGGUAUGAACUGCCCGAUAACUUCACCGUCGUAUGCGACACAUGGCCAUAUGGACGAGACACAGGGGGCAAGCUUCGACGACUUGCACAGUGCUUUCUAUACGCCAAGGACUCGUCGCACCCAGGGUCCAAUUCAUAUGACAACCCGCUGCCCUUCUCCCCCAUCAUCGACUAUGUGACCAAGGAGCUCGUCGACAUCAUGGAUCUACCCAUCGGCUCGGACCACAACCUAUCCCCCGAGGUCAAGUACAUCCCACACCCUCCAAAAGAAUGGCACCACGACCUACAGUCUGAACCGAAGCGCACGGAUCUAAAGCCCCUGACAGUGAACCAGACGCUCGGCGCGUCCUUCACCGUCGACGGCUACCUGGUUCAGUGGCAGAAGUGGCGAUUUCGGGUCGGCUUCAACUGGCGCGAAGGCAUGGUGCUGCACGACGUGACGUAUGCUGGGCGCGAACUGUUCCAUCGCCUCAGCUUGAGCGAGAUGUUUGUACCUUAUGGUGACCCACGGACGCCCUACUCACGGAAGAGUGUUUUCGACGUUGGUGAUAUCGGCGCUGGAGUCGCCGCCAACAAUCUAUCUCUUAGCUGUGACUACUUGGGCUUGAUCAAGUAUUUCUCAUUCACGCUGAGCGACUCCAACGGCAGGCCCGUAGAGAAGCCCAACGUCAUCUGCAUGCACGAGAUCGACGACGGCAUCGGCUGGAAGCACACCGACGGGGCCACGAAGGAGGUCUCGAUCGUGCGAUCGCGCGUGCUCGUUCUGCAGACCAUUAUCACGGUCGGCAAUUACGAGUACAUCUUCAUGUGGAACUUUGACCAGGCCGCAGCGUUGCACUACAAGAUCCAGGCAACAGGCAUCCUGUCCACGGUGCCCAUUGCGCCUGGUGCUACCGUCCCGUACGGUACCAACGUCAACCAGGGCGUCAUGGCCCCUUACCACCAGCACGUCUUCUCGCUUCGCAUUGAUCCGGCCCUGGACGGUGACAAGAACAGCUUUUUGGAAGAAGACUCGGUGGCCAUGCCCUUUGACAGCAGCAAUCCAGUAGGUGUCGGCUAUGUUACCGAGAAGAGGGUGAUUCAGAACGCUGGAUACUCGACAGCGCAGCCCAACCGCGUGCACAAGAUAAUCAACCCUUCAGUGAUCAACAAGAUCUCCGGAUGUCCCGUCGCCUACUCCAUCCACAGCCCCCAGAAGCAGAUGCUGCUCGCCCAUCCGGACUCGUGGCACGGUAAGCGUGCCAAGUUCGCUCUGCAGCCGUACUGGGUGACAACGUACCGGGACGGCGAGUUGUAUGCCGCCGGUGACCACACCUAUCAAUCCCUCCCAGAUGGCGAGGAUGAAGGCAAUGAGUCUCCCGGAAAGGAGCGCAAGGGCGAUCUCGCGAUGUGGGCAGGCCGUGGAGACAAGGUCGACGGCGAAGACAUUGUACUCUGGCACUCCAUCAGCCUGACGCACAAUCCGCGACCCGAGGACUACCCCGUCAUGCCCUGCGAGACCAUGAUGGUCAGUCUCAAGCCCAGCGGCUUUUUCGAGCACAACCCGGCCCUCGACGUGCCCCAGAGCACGCAGAGGUCGAACCAGAGCACCUUGUACGAGGGGCAGCCGGCUUGUGGCAGUCUUUGCUUCUAUGUUUCCUUUUCCCAUGGAUCCCCAUGCAGACGAGCAUCCGUGUAG